AAAUAAUAAUUUGUGUCAUAGCUGAUUAUAUCUGUGAAGAUCACAGAAAAUUUUGUUGAUUUUCUGCUUUUGAUGUUAUUUCAUGGUUAAGGAGAUAUACUUUAACAUAACAUACUUAAGAAGAGGAUCAAUCGAUUCGGCCCAAAGAUAUACAUAAACCUUUUAGCAUUAAAUGACAAAUCUACGAGCUUUUCCGAAAACAACUAAUGGUAUAUCUCUAAUAUUUAGAAUAUGAUAAUCAAUACUUUUAAGAAACCAAUAUUUUUAAUGUAAAUAUUUUUUAAAGAAAUUCCACAAGCAUGUGAUUGGUUAAUAAGAUAUUGGAUUUUAAAGUCGUUGUCAUAUAAGAAACCAAAAGUAUGAUCUAUCGUGCCUUUCUCCUAUGAUUUAAUAUAUGAUAAUAUUUUUAAUUGCCAAUUAAUUUACCAAUUUUAAGUAUUAUAAGAAUUGCUGCGAUUUAUUUACAUGUGAAGUUAAUAUUAAAUCCGAUAUCUACAUAUAUAUUUCAAUAUCUAUCUAACAUACAAUUUCAAGAAUGACAUAUCAAAUAAGAAAUUACAAAAUCUGAAUAAUAUUAAUGCUUUAAGUAUGUCGCAUAUAUUUUAAAUAAGUUGGAAGGAUAGAAUAUUUACGAAAAAUGAUAACAUAAUUGCGUUUAUAGCAUAAAAUAAUAAAACUAUCUUAUCGUAACGCAUUCACAAUUGUUUUCAAAUGAUCCUAUGGAAGAAUUGAAUCGUUCUGAUGUAUCCAGAUUGCAGUAUUAACAUCUACACUGGAUGGACCCAAAAAUGGACAUCACCAAAACGAUUUAAAAAAAAAAAGUAUAUCGAUAUCCACGAAGUAGUACGAGGACCAUUUUCCUCUCCAAGAUUAAUAAGCACACAACCAUUUAUCACGUUUUCGUCUUAUCAACGACGAGAAAAUUAUUCCGAUGUGCGUCGAGGUAUUCCUGAUACUUGGAAGGAGUAUUUAAUUUCUAAGGGAUUUUGUAAGGGAUUUGGUACGAAGGCGUACGUAUUACAGAAAAAUUUAAUACCUUUCUGUACCAGAUACAUCAUCACUGAUAGGCUAUGGAACGAUACACGUUUGUCUUUUAUACAAGGAAUUCCUGAUCCAUGGAAAACUAGAACUCUUCAUCGGAGCGAGUCCAGUAAAUAUUCUCGAUCGCGGUUUUCUCGCGCCAAAAAUAUUUGUUCUACACAAUUUGCGUGCGUGUACGAUGGAGACGACGAGGCAGAAAUAGAACGCGGUGUCCCGUGUCAAUUUAAUAAAGAUCAUAUUGAUGAUAAAAAAGAUCCUCCUCAAGAAGGACACCGAGUAUCAAAUUAUUCGCUAAUUGAGAGAACAUUCAAAGACAAUUUGGAGGGAGUUCGGAAAAAAGAAAAGAGAUACACUAGUCAGUUAUCCUUUCAGAAAGACUCGAAAUUAUCGAAUCGGAGGAAACCUACAGAAAGAGUGAAACAUGACCAAUGUACUGAGACUGUUGUAGAAAAAACUCGUCCUAAGUCUCAAGAAAUUAUUUCUAAUAAAAAUCUCAACAGGCAUACUCAUUCUAAACAUCACAAAAAGGUUCAAUUGAAGGAUAAAAAGCAAUUUGCAUCAAAGAAUGAUUUAGAAAAUGGAACAAUUACUGAAAAGGAAGGCCAAGCUACUUCUAAAAAUGCAGCCGAUGGAAUUGCACAAACUAGUAUAAUUCUAAAAGAUAAAAUUGGCGAAGCACAAGAAUCUUUUCCCAGAAAACACAUAGAUGCAAAUACCCAAAUGUAUCCUAAUAAUAUUGCCUGUUGCAAUUGUAUACUACAUAAUUAUAUGCUUUCAAGUAUACAUUAUUUUCGUAAUUGUACGAGUCCAUUGAAAGAUGUGAGCUUGUCGAAUAGCGUAUUGUGUCAAGAAUGCGAAAAUAUUUAUCGUAAACGGAAACCAGAGAAAUUAAUUUCUCCGAAAAAAAAGUUAGAGUUUUGUACACCAGACCCGAAAACGUACACAAAACACAAACAACGAGUAUAUAUGAAGCGAGAAAAAAAUUAUGAAUGGACAAAGCAGAAGUUGUGCACUUGCAUGCAGAAGAUGAGGAAACAAUUCGGGGAACAAAACAGACUAGACCAUCGCAUACGAACAAAGGACGCGAUCGUCCCUAAGCAAGAACUAAAUUUGAUGUGUUAUUACUGUAAUAGCCCUGAUCUGAAAAUUGAGAAAAUCUGUGGAAACACGUCUGGUCGAAACACGCGUUCGUGUAUCGGUAAAAAAACCUCGAUAAGACCGAGGAACGAACAAAAUAAGAUCAGGGAUUGCGUUACGAAACAUCUAAUUACAAAAAGUCGAAGGAAUUUUAUUCCAGGUUCUAAGAAGCAUAGUUACACGUGCAUUGGAAACAAAAGACAUGUUUCUAAGCGUCACCUUGACUGGGCGUCACCAUCGAUGACUGCUAAAUGGGGACAUAAUAUGGCAAAAAAGAAGGAUUGUGAAUUCUCGAAGAAAAAUAAUUGUCAUGAUAAAAUGUUAAAAGUAGAAACCGAAAGAACCAGGAUUGACAAAGAAACGAAGGGGAACGAAAGUACUGAGACGUUUGGCAAUAUUGUAACAGAUAGAAAAGGGGAAGGAUGUAAAAAAGAAGCAUCAGACGAUUGCUUUUGCAAUGUUAUAAAGAAAAAUAAAGAAAUGGAUAAACAGGCUAAUAUUAUGAUUAAUGAGUAUGAAGAAAUCGAAGCUGCAGAAUUUCAACAUUCGCAAUCCAAUAAACUCGUGCGCAAUUCCGUAUCAGAUAGUGGAGAGAAUACGGACGUAUCCGAUAAUACAAAUGUCGACUUUAAUGCCAUGGCCCAAGAUAGAUUGUCAGUAACUUCAAUAACUUUCAUAAAACGAAUGAAUAAUCUUACUUCAAUAAAGAGCCAAUAUCGGCAAAGAAAUCCGAAGAGAGUUUGUUACUUUCGUCGUACACCAUCACGAGGAAUCGCGUCAAAUUUCAGGCAGAAUUUAAAAAUAGAAGGUAAAUACUGAAGUAACUUUCCAAUUGCCUCGUGCAUUGUUGUUUCUUGUCCUACGACUGGUAAAAAAAGAUGAGGAUGUUGUAGGCCAUGAAGGCCAUUAAUUAAUACAGCAGAAAGGGAAAUACUGAGAAAUGCGGAAUAUACUAUAUAAUAAUACAAAAAUUUGGUUGCAGAAAAUAUGUAACACGUACAGUUGUUUACUUAAAUCGUGCUAAACACUUAUAGAAAUCUUCUAUUAAAUAAGUGUUCAAUUACUUUUGUGAGCUACUGCAUUUAGUAAUGAGCAAAAUAUUCUUUUAAAAAUCAACUCUCGUAUGUAAUAUGAUAAAGCUAAGGAUAAAUAACAGAGAAAGAUAAUUACCUAAUUCGUCGAGAAGUUACACUGUUGUUCUUGUAGUUAACGUGCAGACUCAGUAAAGAAUUAGAAUAAGAUCCUUUAUUAACACUGACAUAAAAUCAAGAUGAUUGGACGAAUAAUAUGUAAAAAAUUAAGAAAAUUAAUUAUGAAAUUAUUAUGCUAUAAGAUCAUGAAAUUGUAGAUACAUACAUGUAUUUAAUAAGUGGUUAAAAAGAAAUAAUUUGAAGAAAAUUGUGCGUGGAAUAAAUACGCGUAAGAUGGAACAGUCACCUUACUUGAGUACAUAUUUUGAUAUCACUCGAUGAAAUAAAAAAGUGCUUAAAAAAGCAGGGUAGAAUUAAUAUAUGAGAUAAGAGAAUUAUUCUAGGGAACAUCUGUCUUUUAUCCGAUUAUUUAUCAACGCGGGAAGGCUAAAGAAUUAUAUAAGAAAAUACUGCACUAAGUAAAAACGAUAACUCUUUGUUUAAUACUGGUAGAAAGUUUGCAAAGGUAAAAAAUAAAAAGUAACAGGCUGGAAAUAAUAAAGUAAUAAAACCAAGAGGAAAAGGAUAUCUUUACUAAAAUUAUUGAAAAAUAAGCAAUUAAUUUGAUUAAAAUGUAUACCGUUUAUUUUAGAAAAAAAUAUUUAGA